GGCCACGUCCGAGGGGAGCUGCAGUGGGAGGACUUCCAGCAGCGCAUGGAGCUGCUCUCGUGCUUUCUCAUCAAACGGCGAGAUAAAACGCGCAUGUUUUGCCACCCGUCCUUCAGAGAGUGGCUGGUGUGGAGAGCUGACGGAGAGAGCACAGAUUUCCUCUGUGACCCCAGGACUGGCCAUGCUCUGAUGGCCUUUAUGCUGUCACGCCAAGAGGGGAAACUGAACCGUCAGCAGACGAUGGAGCUGGGACACCACAUCCUGAAGGCACACAUCUUCAAGGGUCUGAGUAAGAAAACAGGCGUUCCAUCUAGUGUGCUUCAAGCUUUAUGGAUCAGCUGCAGUGCUGAUGGUCUUUCUGCAGCCUUGGCUUCCCUGAGGAACCUCUACACCCCAAAUGUCAAGGUAAGGAGGCUCUUCAUCUCCUGUCUCUGUGUGUGUGAGCUAGACCUUCUAGAGCCAGACGUGCUCAGUUUAUGCCCAUGUGAUACGAGUUGUUUGAGAAUGAUUUUCUCUG